GGAUGUCGUAAGAUUCCUAAGGACGCAGGUGGAGCGCCUCCUCUGUGCUGCGAUGAGGUAGGCGCAUUCGUCACUUCACUCCUCCCUCUCCACUUGAUCCGGAAAGGAAGGACGGAAUGCGUCCCGCGCGGCGAGCUGGGAUAGCUGCGCAGGCGCAGCUUCCGGCUCUGUGUCUCGGGAAUUAUUUGACGCCACCGGUUCAGCCCCGCAGAAAGCGCUCAUUAGGCACAUCGCGCACGCGCAGUGGCCCACUUGGCAGGGGAGUUAUUUGACGCCGCCGCCCCUGGCAGUCGGAAGUUGCCUGAGCAGAGCCCAGCCGGCUGGCCCGACUGGCCUUCGUCGUCCCUUGGCGCCCUGGGAGAGUCGCUGACGGGUGGACUGACGGACCGUCUGAGGACGGCCGGCCAGGGCGGUGAAAGCGCCGGCCCUAUGGCACGGGUCGCGUGAGGCGGAAGGCCGAGUACGGCCGGCGGCGGCGCCCGCCCCGGCGAUGCGGGCCCCGCCCGUCGCCUCAGGUGCCAUUUGGAUUGUACUUUAGUGGCACGAUGUACUCUGAGUGGAGGUCACUGCAUUUGGUGAUUCAGAAUGAUCAAGGCCAUACCAGUGUGCUGCACAGCUAUCCAGAGAGUGUUGGACGAGAGGUGGCAAAUGCUGUAGUCCGUCCUCUUGGGCAGGUGUUAGGUACCCCUUCAGUGGCUGGUAGUGAGAGUUUGUUAAAAACUGACAAAGAAGUAAAAUGGACCAUGGAAGUAAUUUGCUAUGGACUGACCCUUCCAUUGGAUGGAGAGACUGUAAAAUAUUGCGUUGAUGUAUAUACAGACUGGAUUAUGGCUUUAGUGUUGCCGAAAGAUUCUAUUCCAUUGCCAGUUAUUAAAGAGCCUAAUCAAUAUGUUCAAAGUAUACUAAAACACCUACAGAAUCUUUUUGUACCAAGACAGGAACAGGGUUCCAGUCAGAUUCGACUAUGCUUACAGGUCCUGAGAGCCAUUCAGAAACUGGCCCGUGAGUCAUCUCUCAUGGCCCGAGAAACCUGGGAAGUCUUACUGUUGUUUCUUCUGCAGAUUAAUGACAUACUUCUGGCCCCACCAACUGUUCAAGGUGGCAUUGCUGAGAAUCUAGCAGAGAAGUUGAUUGGUGUUCUCUUUGAGGUGUGGUUACUAGCUUGUACUCGGUGCUUCCCAACACCUCCUUAUUGGAAAACAGCCAAGGAGAUGGUGGCUAACUGGAGGCAUCACCCAGCAGUGGUGGAGCAGUGGAGCAAGGUCAUUUGUGCGCUCACUUCCAGAUUGCUACGCUUUACAUAUGGGCCUUCAUUUCCUCCAUUUAAAGUUCCCGAUGAAGAUGCCAGUCUGAUCCCUCCAGAAAUGGAUAAUGAGUGUGUUGCACAGACAUGGUUUCGCUUUUUACACAUGCUAAGUAAUCCUGUGGAUUUGAGUAACCCAGCUAUUAUAAGCUCUACUCCCAAAUUUCAGGAACAGUUCUUGAAUGUGAGCGGAAUGCCGCAAGAAUUGAAUCAGUAUCCCUGCCUUAAACAUCUGCCUCAAAUAUUUUUUCGUGCCAUGCGUGGAAUCAGCUGUCUGGUGGAUGCAUUCUUAGGUAUUUCUAGACCCCGAUCAGACAGUGCUCCCCCAACACCCGUGAAUAGAUUAAGUAUGCCUCAAAGUGCUGCUGUCAAUACCACCCCACCACAUAACCGGAGGCACCGGGCUGUUACUGUGAAUAAGGCCACCAUGAAGACAAGCACAGUUACUACUGCUCAUGCCUCUAAAGUUCAGCACCAGACGUCUUCCACCUCUCCUCUGUCAAGUCCAAAUCAGACUAGUUCAGAACCCCGGCCACUGCCUGCCCCUCGGAGACCAAAGGUUAACAGCAUCUUGAAUCUCUUUGGAUCGUGGUUAUUUGAUGCAGCAUUUGUUCACUGUAAACUUCAUAAUGGGAUAAACAGAGACAGCAGCAUGACUGCAUCUUUUAUCCAAAUUCUUCUUUCUUAUAAAUCUUCCAUUACAACACAAGCUAGCAUGGAGUUUCGACGGAAAGGGUCACAAAUGUCCACAGACACCAUGGUUUCCAAUCCUAUGUUUGAUGCAAGUGAAUUUCCUGAUAACUAUGAAGCAGGAAGAGCUGAGGCUUGUGGGACACUGUGUAGGAUUUUUUGUAGCAAGAAGACUGGAGAAGAGAUUCUGCCAGCUUAUUUAUCCAGAUUUUACAUGCUUUUAAUUCAAGGUUUGCAGAUAAAUGAUUAUGUGUGCCAUCCUGUCUUGGCCAGCGUUAUUCUAAACUCUCCUCCUUUGUUCUGCUGUGACUUGAAAGGGAUUGAUGUUGUGGUUCCUUACUUUAUUUCAGCUCUUGAAACCAUUUUGCCUGACAGAGAGCUCUCAAAAUUCAAAAGCUAUGUAAAUCCAACAGAAUUGCGAAGAUCCUCCAUUAAUAUCCUGCUUUCUUUGUUGCCCCUCCCUCAUCAUUUUGGCACAGUCAAAUCUGAGGUGGUCCUGGAAGGAAAGUUUAGUAAUGAUGACAGCUCGACUUAUGAUAAACCAAUAACUUUUCUGUCCCUGAAGUUGAGACUUGUGAAUAUAUUAAUAGGUGCCUUGCAAACAGAAACGGACCCCAACAAUACCCAAAUGAUAUUAGGGGCAAUGUUAAAUAUUGUUCAAGAUUCAGCACUUUUGGAAGCCAUUGGUUGCCAGAUGGAGAUGGGUGGUGGAGAAAAUAACCUGAAGAGUCAUAGUCGCACCAAUAGUGGUAUUAGUUCAACAAGUGGUGGAAGCACGGAGCCCACGACUCCCGAUAGUGAGAGACCUGCUCAAGCUCUCUUAAGAGAUUAUGGAUUGACAGCUCUUAAUACAGAUUCAGCUGCUGGGCUCCUGAUUCGCAGCAUUCAUCUCGUCACCCAAAGACUCAACUCCCAGUGGCGCCAAGACAUGAGCAUAUCACUGGCAGCUUUAGAGCUCCUCUCUGGCCUUGCAAAGGUAAAGGUGAUGGUUGACUCAGGAGACCGGAAGCGAGCCAUCAGUUCUGUGUGCAGCUACAUUGUGUAUCAGUGUAGUCGGCCAGCUCCUUUUCACUCUAGGGAUCUGCACUCCAUGAUAGUGGCAGCUUUUCAGUGUCUCUGUGUCUGGCUGACAGAGCACCCUGAUAUGCUUGAUGAAAAGGACUGCCUUAAGGAAGUACUGGAGAUUGUGGAACUGGGUAUCUCAGGAAGUAAGUCCAGGAACAGCGAGCAAGAGGUCAAGUACAAAGGAGAUAAGGAGCCAAACCCUGCAUCUAUGAGGGUAAAGGAUGCUGCUGAAGCCACCCUAACAUGCAUUAUGCAGUUGCUCGGCGCAUUUCCUUCACCUAGUGGUCCUGCCUCUCCUUGUAGUCUUGUGAAUGAGACCACUUUGAUUAAAUACUCCAGGCUGCCAACCAUAAACAAGCAUAGUUUCCGGUACUUUGUCUUGGAUAACAGUGUCAUCCUGGCAAUGCUGGAACAACCUCUUGGAAAUGAGCAGAAUGAUUUUUUCCCCUCUGUCACUGUGCUGGUCCGGGGGAUGUCUGGAAGACUUGCUUGGGCACAACAGCUUUGUCUUUUACCCAGAGGAGCAAAAGCAAAUCAGAAGCUUUUUGUGCCUGAACCUCGCCCAGUUCCUAAAAAUGAUGUUGGAUUUAAAUAUUCUGUGAAACAUCGGCCAUUUCCUGAAGAGGUGGACAAGAUUCCUUUUGUGAAAGCAGAUCUCAGCAUUCCAGAUUUGCAUGAAAUAGUCACUGAAGAAUUAGAAGAGAGACAUGAAAAAUUAAGGAGUGGCAUGGCCCAGCAGAUUGCUUAUGAAAUACACCUUGAGCAACAGAGUGAGGAGGAAUUGCAAAAGAGAAGCUUUCCUGACCCAGUUACGGAUUGCAAGCCCCCGCCUCCUGCCCAGGAAUUCCAAACAGCCCGCCUUUUCCUCUCACACUUUGGAUUUUUGUCCUUAGAAGCAUUGAAGGAACCUGCAAAUAGUCGUCUACCUCCUCACCUUAUUGCACUUGAUUCCACGAUACCUGGAUUUUUUGAUGACAUAGGGUAUCUGGAUCUCUUGCCAUGUCGUCCUUUUGACACAGUUUUUAUUUUCUAUAUGAAGCCAGGUCAGAAAACGAACCAAGAGAUUUUGAAGAAUGUGGAGUCUUCCAGAACUGUUCAGCCACAUUUCCUAGAAUUUUUGCUUUCCCUUGGCUGGUCAGUAGAUGUGGGCAGACACCCUGGUUGGACUGGGCAUGUUUCUACCAGUUGGUCUAUUAAUUGUUGUGAUGAUGGUGAAGGAUCUCAACAAGAAGAAGUGAUUUCCUCUGAAGAUAUUGGAGCUAGCAUUUUCAAUGGACAGAAGAAGGUGCUGUAUUAUGCUGAUGCCCUUACGGAAAUUGCUUUUGUGGUUCCUUCUCCUGUGGAGUCCUUAACUGAUUCAUUGGAAAGUAACAUCUCGGACCAAGAUAGUGAUUCAAAUAUGGAUCUUAUGCCAGGAAUUCUGAAACAGCCAUCCCUGACACUUGAGCUUUUCCCCAAUCAUACAGACAAUCUUAAUUCCUCACAGAGGCUCAGUCCCAGUUCCAGAAUGAGGAAGCUGCCUCAGGGUCGCCCUGUUCCUCCCCUUGGACCUGAGACAAGAGUUUCUGUAGUCUGGGUGGAACGCUAUGAUGAUAUAGAAAACUUUCCCCUCUCAGAGCUGAUGACAGAGAUCAGUACUGGUGUGGAAACUACUGCAAAUAGUAGCACUUCACUGAGAUCUACGACUCUUGAAAAAGAAGUUCCUGUCAUCUUCAUCCACCCUUUAAACACUGGAUUAUUCCGGAUAAAAAUUCAAGGAGCCACUGGAAAAUUUAACAUGGUCAUCCCUCUUGUGGAUGGGAUGAUUGUCAGCAGGCGAGCUCUUGGCUUUCUGGUGAGGCAGACUGUAAUUAACAUUUGUAGAAGGAAGAGACUGGAGAGUGACUCCUACAGUCCACCCCAUGUCCGCCGGAAACAGAAAAUCACCGACAUUGUCAACAAGUACCGGAACAAACAGUUGGAGCCAGAGUUUUAUACUUCACUUUUCCAGGAGGUUGGACUCAAGAACUGCAGUUCUUAGACCCCUGAAUUUCUAAGACUGUUGAACUCCAGUUCGGGAACUGUAACACAGCAGAACAGUUUGAUAGGUGAUCACUGUAUAAAUAAAAACAAAUCACUCCCAAGAGCUUACUGUUUAAUCACCAGAAUAGAAGAAACACAUUAUAACCCAUUUGAUAGAAGACUUCGGGCUGUCUAGUGAAAUGGGCUCCCAGACACAAUCAUAUUCCUGCUGAUCAUGAUGAUAUACAUUUUAGCCAUAAACUUUCUUUUAAAGGUGACAAUUUUAGUUAAACAUAAGCCUUUUGAGGAGAAAGGCUUUUAUGCAUCUCAGUUAAACACGUGCAUUGGUAGUAUCAACAAAUUUGCAAUAUAGAAGUUGAAGAUAGUUUUAUACCUCACUUUUUAGGAGGUUGUAUUCAAAAUUAAAAUCUUUCUCAGAAUCUUCCAGGACAUUUAAAGACUCAUGUUGAUAGCAUGGAGGAGAAGGAAAGAAGUCACAGCCUUCUACUCACUUGUAGGUCUUGUCAUCCAGCUGUCACACUGACAAAAAGAAAAGAUGAUACAUGUUUUUUGCUCAGAUAAGAAGCCUGACAUUAAAAUAUGUCAUAUUUUUUUCUCCAUAUUUCAAAAAGUUGUCCUUCUCAUCACUGCACAGAUCUGUCUGAAAGCCUCAGUUUCUGGGCCACCCAGGAACAGAUCAGAAAUGGAGCAUGGCCUUGUCCUUUAAUGGGGAUACAAAUAAAGUUUGUGGGGUUAAAAGUUUUAAGAUAGCAGUGAUACCCCCACUCUCUCCAUUGUUGUCCAGCGGGGUGACAUAAUGACAGGUUAAACAUUUGUGAUUCAUUCAUUAAAUAUCAUUUAAAGAAAUGUAAAUUCA